CGAUGACUGUGACAAAAUGGUGGAUCGGCAAAAAGCACUUCUAAUGGUGUUAAUAGCUCUCUUAAUUUAUCCAAAUGACAUUUUUGGCGGUGCUUUUCCACCCGAAUUCGCUGAUACUAUACAAAAUGUAACAGUAUCGCUGGGAAGGGACGCAACUUUCACGUGUCUGGUCAAUCAUUUGGGGGGCUACAGGGUUGGGUGGCUGAAAGUGGAUACUAAGGCGAUCCAGGCGAUCCACGAUCACGUAAUAACUCACAAUAACAGGGUCUCGGUAUCUCAUAGCGAUCAUACCACAUGGAAUCUCCACAUAAAGAACGUGCAAAAGGAAGACGAGGGGCUCUACAUGUGUCAGAUUAACACAGAUCCGAUGAAAAGUCAGACAGGCAUGUUGUCGGUCGUCGUGCCACCGGACUUUAUUCCGGAAGAGACAUCGAGCGAUGUCAUGAUACGCGAAGGAGGACAGGUGAAGUUAACGUGCCGUGCAAGAGGCGUGCCUACACCCAGCAUAUCGUGGCGUAGAGAAGACGGGAAGAACAUUAUAAUUCGGAAGCCAUUUGCAGGAAGCGCCUUGAACCAAAAGUCUCAUGUGACUUCAGUAAACGAGUACCACGGCGAAGAGCCAAAACUGACAAAGAUCUCGAAAAACGAAAUGGGAGUUUAUCUCUGUAUCGCCAUCAACGGUGUGCCACCGGCGGUCAGCAAACGUAUUUCUAUCAACGUUCAUUUUUCGCCGGUAAUUCAUGUACCUAAUCAACUGGUAGGUGCACCUCUGGGUACGGAUGUUGUCCUGGAAUGUUUUGUCGAGGCUUCGCCCAAGUCGAUUAAUUAUUGGGUCAAGGAUAACGCGAUGAUAAUAUCGAGUCAACAACAUGACGUGCAGAUGAUCGAAAAAUCAAAAUUUGAGGUCCGGAUGGUGUUAACAAUUCGCAAUUUACAAAAAGACAACGUGGGUACUUACAAGUGUGUAGCCAAAAAUUCUCUUGGUGAUGUCGAGAGCAGUAUUCGAUUGUAUGAAAUUUCAGGGCCUACAAAAACUCAAACAGUUGCUCGGCCAUCUUUUUACGAUGAAGAGGAUGAGACUGUCUAUGGUUCGGCAGAAAUCGAGAAAAUGGAGAACAAACCUCUAUCCGUAGACAAUACGAUCAGUGGACACGUAGGAUAUCCAUCGGUUGCAACUCCAGUGCCGACCGUAAGAAUCGGUGCACACUCCACUGACCAGUGCACUAAAUCAACGGAAACCCCAGCGAAGUGCAUCCACUGUCAAGGUGACCAUCCUGCGUACUAUAAAGGCUGCUCAGCCUACAAAACCCUGUACACAAACAAGUACCCUAAACUCAGAGCAAAAGAGGUAACCAACCAAAUACCCAGCCCGCCGAAAUUCACGACUACCCCAAUCCCCUCAAUCAACCAAAUACCCAGUCCUACUAAAUUCACCACUACCUCAACCUCAUAUGCCCAAGCAGUACAAGGCAUCCAAAAUAACCCGAAUAGCCAAAGGGAUCUUUCUCGAAAUAGUAUCCCCAAUUCACCUAACACAGACAACGUCUCUAGGUUUGAAAAGCUAAUAGAGAAACAAUCUCUUUGGAAUCAUGGAUAA